AUGUCGAGCUCAGGAGAUCUCAUCGAUUUCGACUUGAUCGAAGGGCAAAAAGAAAAUAUACAAUCUUUGCCUGGCGGUCGCUCAGCAAAAAAGCUCGCCCAGCUUUACUCACCAUCACCGCUUCACAAGCAGUCGACACCAACACCCUCAGAUACGCGCAAUGUUAACGACUGUAUUCGUGUCGAAUUUGAGGAGGAGGUCGAGAACAUCGCCGAGUCAGACGAUCCCCUCGAUGUCUUUGAGCGUUAUGUGCGAUGGACACUAGACGCAUAUCCCUCAGCACAAGCAACACCACAAUCACAGCUUCACACACUCCUCGAGCGAGCGACCAAGACCUUCAUUGGCUCAGCACAAUACAAGAACGACCCCCGAUACCUCAAGCUUUGGGUGCAUUAUAUCCACUUCUUCUCUGAUACCCCACGCGAGACAUACAUGUUCCUAUCACGACAUGGAAUAGGGGAGUCACUUGCCCUGUUCUACGAAGAGUAUGCUGCUUGGCUCGAGGGUGCAGGCAGACUGGUACAGGCUGAGGAGGUGUAUAAACUAGGUAUUGAGCGUGAAGCUCGACCAGUCCAACGUUUACUUCGCAAGUUCAAGGAGUUCGAGGAACGAGUUGCCCAGCAGCCAGAUGCUCUGAAUGAGCCUUCUUCCCCAGCUUUGCCGACUAUGCGACCAGCCCUCGCUUCCAAGGUCGACCCCUUUGCUGCUGCUCGUGCAGCGGAUCCCCAGGCGGCGCGACCAGUAAGUGGUGGGCCAGGCAAGUCUGGCAAAGCCAAAUUGGCAAUCUUUUCUGAUACAGAUACUCAACCCUCUGCCAUGUCAUCAAUGAGUUCUGGAUCAAAAGGAUGGGAUAGCAUCGGCUCACUAGCAGACCGAAGGAAGGAGAAUUCAGUAGAGGCCAAGCCAUGGGCGGGCGAGACGCUACAGGCUGGUGGAAAGAAGAGCACAGCUCCUAAGAUGUCAAUUUUUAGGGAUCAGUCUCUUUCGCAAAUACAGAAUAUCGUUGUUGUUCCGUCGAAGCAUCAAAUCUCUCUUCACCCUCAAACAGGGAAGAAGGAGCGUGUUUUUGUUGACCUUGCUGCUGUCUACCCUACCCCUGAAGAAAUUGGCACUGAGCUCAGCUUCGAGGAAAUUGUGGCUGCUAACCGAGGAUGGCUUGAUCACUGUUGGGAAGAGGAGACAUUUGACGAGAGUCUCGUCCCUGAACCUGCUGUGCUUCCUGAGAUUGAGGAGAUCAGUAAGGGAGUGGGAGAGAAGUUGAUGAUCCACCAGGACCCUGUCAACAAAUUGUCUAUACAUCAGGACCCUGUCGAUAAAUUGAUGAUUCGCCCGGAUCAUGUGGGUAAGUUGGCUAUUCAUAAGGAUCCUGUGCAGAAACUUGCCAUUCAUCAGGACUCUUCUAUCAAAUUGGCGAUCCAUAAGGACGUCGUGCAAUAUGACGAGAAUGGCAGAGCCAUUGAGCAACCCCGAGGACCACGGGGGAGUAAGAAGAAGAAGGCGAUUGAGGUCAACGAGACUCAGAUUAUCAAGGCAAAGCUUGAUUCGCCAUCCAGGCCAAAGCUCAAGAAGAAGAACACCUCCGAGCCUACUAUGACUCUUCACACCAAGGCUGCCACUGAUGAUAUCUACGACAUUUUCAAUGCACCUCUGAAACCUGCUGAUCAAGAAGAGGAAGAAAGCGCGGAUGAGGAUGAUUAUGAAAGCGGCGACAAUUACACGACUGACGCAGAGAGCACGGGAACCACGAGACAUAUAGAUCCCAGUGAAGCUGGUGAUGAUGACGAUGAUAAUGACGACGACAACGAUGAGACUUCAGAUGCGAAAAGCCUCAGUGAGUGGUCCGACUUCUCCACACAAAAGCACAUUCCCAAUAUUGAUGGAAACGAAGAUGUGGAGGAGGGAAGAACCGAACAACAUGGUACCCAUGUAUCUGCUUUGAUCGACACAGGUCUACCUGAACCUGAACAGGGCUCCCAUGAGGGUUUAGACGACAGUGAUCAAAAGUCACGGACUGGAGAUGAGCAAGACGAAGACGAAGAUGUUGAAGAGCUAGAAACUCCCACCUCGGAAGGUUUCCCUCCUCAGUCUCGCACAACUUUCGUUCCUAUCCCCCCUGAAGAUUAUGAGCCACCAACUCGGCCAUUUAGAGACCCGGCUGAGGUAGCUAAUAACCGCCUGCCUUUCAUGACGCCCAUCACGGAGAGAACUGAAAUGUCUCUUGAUAUGACAAUACCACGCCAUGAGUACAAGACACCUUGUAAAAAGGACAAUUCCAUGACUAUCGAUGAAGAGGAAGAGGAAGAGGAUGAGGAGAGUUCGGAUCUUGAACCUCUCAGCAGUCCUCUCCGAGACAUGGUCAACGAUGCUCUUCCAGCCCCCAAGAUGUCCGCACCUCUUGCCCCAAAGUCUGUUGGACCUCUAGGCAAGUCAAUUCCUUCCAAGCCUCUUCCACCUAAGGGGCCAAUUAUCAAGGAUGUCCAGUGCAAUCCUGUGGAUGAGUCGGUUCGUUCCGAGAUCAUUUCCAAGAUGCUACCCCCGUUGAGCUCAUACUCUGGGUUCUACGACCAUCAAGACGAGAAGUACGAAAGGGGAGGUGAGAUUCGUAAGUUUGCUAAGGCACUCUCCAAGGCAAGCAAGUCUGGCGAAAGGACGGGACCUAUUACUUCACCUGUGGUGAUCGAGUUUCCUGGUACUCAUUCUACCUAUACGAUAAAGAAGGAACUUGGAGCGGGAGCAUUUGCCCCUGUCUAUCUGGUCGAGAACUCGGCCCCUGAGGUCGACGAGAAUGAUGAAAAUGCGAUCCCUACCAUGGGCAAGGGCGCAUUUGCAGUCAGCCAUCGAAGUGAGACUGAAGCUCUGAAGAUGGAGAGCCCACCUACACCAUGGGAAUUUCACAUGAUGCGCUUGUCCCAUACUCGCUUGGGUCCUCAGCAUCGUGCUUCUACCUCGCUGUCCUAUGCUCACGAGAUGCACCUAUAUCAGGAUGAAGCAUUCCUUUUCCUACCUUACCACCCCCAUGGCACACUCCUGGACGUUGUCAACUUCUUCCGAGCUGAGCCCUCUGCAGUUAUGGACGAGCAGCUGGCCAUGUUCUUCACGAUUGAGCUACUACGAACUGUCGAGGCCCUACACUCCAAGAGUAUCCUGCACGGAGAUCUCAAGGCUGAUAACUGUCUUCUGCGUUUGGACGCACUGUCGGAAGACGAGCCCUUGACAAGCCAGUGGAAGGCUGAUGGAACUGGUGGAUGGUCAUCUCGUGGUGUUGUACUCAUUGACUUUGGUCGCGGUAUCGACAUGCGUGCUUUUGUGCCUGAGGUUGAGUUUAUCGCCGACUGGAAGACCAGUGCACAAGACUGCGCCGAGAUGCGUGAGGGUCGACCAUGGACAUGGCAGAUCGAUUAUCACGGUCUCGCGGGCACGAUCCACACGCUUCUCUUCGGCAAAUACAUCGAGACUGUACGAUGCGAUCAAGGCGGACUCGGCAAGUCUGGUCGACGCUACAAGAUCCGCGAAAGUCUCAAGCGAUACUGGCAGACUGACAUAUGGUCUGACUGCUUCGAGCUUCUGCUCAACCCAGGAGCUGCCGCAGCAACUGGCUCUGAGGAUGGCGGCAAGAUGCCUGUGCUCAGGUCGAUGAAGAGCGUCAGGGAGAGGAUGGAGACGUGGCUAGAAGCCAACUGUGAGAGAGGCGUUGGACUCAAGAGUGUUAUGGGCAAGCUUGAGGCUACGUUUGGCAAGAGCCGUAAGUAA